AGCGACGACCCGGCCGGCGUGCAGUGUCAGUCGGUGCAGCAGAAAGAAAAGAGCGAGCGACCCCGAACGAGCCCCCAGUCGGACCGACUGUUUUUUCCACGUGGACCCGGACGCGAAAAGGGCGGCAAGAUUUUCUCGUUAAACAGUGCCGACUAUCCGAUAGGACGGAUCCUCAAGAUGGACCACGCGGCCGGGCCGAACUCGGCCGGCGGCCAGGACAACUCGGCCCUGUGUCUGCAGGACCUGGUGUCGGCGGGGGCGGCCUCCCUCGAGCACCACCACCCGGCCCACCACCACCUGCACCACCACCACCACCAGGAGCACUCGCUGCACCUCAACCACUCGGCCGCGCAGCACCUCAUGAGCUCGGCCGAACACGCGGCCGCGGCCGCCGCCGUGGCCGUCGCGGCCCCCGCACCUUCCGUACCGCCACCCUGCCCGCCUCUCCACCACGAGCCGCUCGAGAAACUCAAAAGAGUGUGGGAAACGUCGUCAGACUUCCGGGAAAACCCGCACAACAUGACCAGCAGCAUGGACCACUCGCAACUGACUUUCCCCACCGCGAGGAGUAGAGGAAGAGACAGAAAAGGGAGCAGAGCUUUGUCGGUGGACGCGGGCAUCGUCAAGUCGGAGCCGGGCAUCGACGGAACGGACCAAGACGACGGCAAAGACGGAAAGAAGAAACGGCAGCGCAGACAGCGGACGCACUUCACCUCGCAGCAGUUGCAAGAGCUCGAGGCGACCUUUGCCAGAAACAGGUACCCGGACAUGAGCACCAGGGAGGAGAUCGCCAUGUGGACCAGUCUCACCGAGGCCAGAGUCAGGGUGUGGUUCAAAAACCGCCGGGCCAAGUGGCGGAAGCGUGAGCGAAACGCGAUGAACGCAGCUGCAGCGGCGGCGGCCGACUUCAAGAACGGGUUCGGCACGCAAUUCAACGGACUGAUGCAGCCAUUCGCAGACACAGACUCGCUGUACUCGUCCUACUCGUCGUACAACAACUGGGCCAAGGUGCCGAGUCCUCUGGGGGCCAAGAGCUUCCACUGGGGUCUGAACACGGUGGCGCCACUGUCGGCGGCGGGCCAGUCAAGCGUGCCGAGCGUGGGCAUCAACUGCUUCAACACGCCGACGGGGGGCAUGAACAGCGGGUCGACGCUGAUGCCGACGUCGUCGAUGAGCUCGAGCCUGAACAGUUCGCCGGCGGCGCAGUGUCCGUACGGCACGACCUCCCCGUACAUGUACCGCGGCGAGGCUUGCACCUCCAUGAGCUCCAGCAUCGCCUCCCUCCGUCUCAAGGCCAAGCAGCACUCGUCCGGCUUCGGCACCUACUCGCCCUCGCUCAGCCCCCGCUCGGCCGCCUCCAACUCGACCCUGUCGGCCUGUCAGUACGCCGGGUCGGCCACCGGCGGCGCCACCGGCUCGGCCGUGUCCUCGUCCCCGGGCGAACGGGGCAGCGCCGUUUGAGAUUCGGCCUUGGGGGUUGCCGACGACGACGACGACAACAACACAGCGCAGCACUGAGACGACGCUCGCGUACGCAAUCCUCAAGGUGAAAACGCAAUCAAAGUCCACGCUGGGCUUGCUCCACCAUAGACUCUUCUCGGCCGCCGAUUUCCUCCGUUCUAGUUCGGACGUCUGCAGCUUUUGAUUUUGUUCUUUUCUUGCUCCCACUGGAAAGAAAGCAAAAAAGUGUGGCGGCAGGAGAUUGGGACAAGCCCAGUUUUGAUAGAACGUACAAAUUAUUAAUGUUCUUCCCCCGCCGGAUUAAUAUGUAUGCGUAACGAAAUAAUUAACUAAACACAAGUGACUAGAUUAAAAGCGUAACUUCUCCCACCUUUAAAAUACCUGAGGUAAUCCAAAUACAAUAAGUAGAGCCACACGAUUUAGACCCUUGAACGUGUACCAAUGACAAACACCCACCUAUAAAAUUGCGGUGAGAGUGAUUCACCAGUUAUAAGUUUUCCCCAAUGCGGAAAAGAGACCAAGAUUGUGUAAUUUCUGUUACAUUUGUGGAUUUGUGCUCAAUUUACGUUCUAUAUUAGGCGCAAAAUUUUGAGAUUCGUACAAGAGAGAUGCAGAAAACUCCGUUGUAAAUAUUUUGGCAAAAUUUUUACGCUGAAAUUCAACCUAAACCAAAAAUUAUUGGUUAACGAGAUAUAUCUUUAGUCUGGAAAAAUGAGAGUGCGUCAGUUAAGUGAAUGCAAAAUCUUGUAAAUACUUGAGCGAUUAUUUCCUAUUUGUCCAGAGUUGCGCAAUCUUUAGGCAAUUCAAGCAAUACACGCGCAUCUUUAAAAGCAGAGUGUGCAGAUUGUUGAUUUUAGCAAUUCCAUUAUUUGUUAUAUUGAACCUCUCAGAAUUACGAAAAAAGAAGGAAAAACUUUAAAAGUAAGUGCGAGACUGGUGGAAAAUUUUGAACUUCAGAUGUGAUUGAGUGUUAAAUUUAUCUAUCAAAGUACGUCUCUCAUCUCUUGUGUACUGGAGCGACGCGUGUAGAAUAUAUUACACUUUGUUUGUGGCGAGUUUGUUAUUGUACCAAAAAUAUGAUAAAUAAGUAAUAAUUAUAUAUAUAUCUUUAAUACAAUCAGCAUUGAUCUGACGAGUAUUUAAAAGAAAUGAAAAUCAGCCCCACAUGCAAUCAGGAGAGAAACUGUAUUAAAAAACCAUUUUUCUUCAACUUUCUAGACCGUUUCAUCCGAGCAUUGUUUGGUCUCUGCAAGAUAAUUUUGUCAUUUAUAGCGCAAGGCGGAGCCUAUACGAGUCUCUAGUCAUAGUUCUUAACUUUGCAUCUAUAUUUACGCAGUUGUUUCCCGGAUCAAUCUUUCGGUUGCAGAAUUGGACAUAAACUGUCAAAAGUGUACAAUAAAAAUGCUGAUUUUAUUACUAAUAAAAUGUGCCAAA